AUGGGUGGGAAUCAACCACAACAAUCUCCUUUUCACUCUGUUGAUGAUGAAAAAUACCCAGUUAUAGAAGGGCUUCCUGAAAUAACUCUUAACACUUUUGUUGAUGAACUUAUGGUUCUCUGUGAAACCAUAGUCAACUUCAAAAACCUAAAGGAUAACGAUUUUGAUUUUUCUGAGACUAUGGAAUUCCAAGGGUGGAAAGCAUUAUUCGAAAGAUUGAAUGGUCCAGUAUAUCUAGUGCUUGUUAAGCAAUUAUGGAUUCAUGCAACUGCUACAAAGGACACAAUCACUUCCUUCGUCAUGAACAAGAAGAUUGCGGUUAUGGAGAAAUUUAUUGCAAAUUUAAUUUCUCACAAUGGCUGUGGUAAAAGAGUAUGUAAUGUCAAGACUGAUGCAAUGAGAGAGGCUAUGGUAGCAUCAAUAAUCUUCAAGGAAGCAACGAAGAUUAAUGAAGGAAAGGGUCAAAGUGCUAAAGAUUUGAACGAUAAUCUGAGGGUAUGGUUCAAGAUCAUCCUGGGCUGCAUUCAUCACAAACCCAACACCAACUCGUUUGAUUAUAUCAACACCUCUCAAAAGUAUAUGCUAUUUUUUUCUUCUGGAAAGAGGGUUUAA